UUCAGGCACGGACGGUGUUACUCCGAUAGGGAGCGAUCUUGCCUGAUGGCAGAAAUCGCGACGCCUGCCCACACCGCAAAGCGAAAACCGCGUCAAGAGAUUUCGGCCGUCCUCAAGUGGAUCAUUUUCUUGACGAAUUUCUUCGUUUUUCUAUCCGGUGUUGGAAUUUUCGCGCUCGGUGUUUACCUCUUUAUCAAGGAUUUCGUUGACGUGAAACUCAUUGACAUUGUUCUGAAUCCUGCCAUCCUACUUAGUGUCAUAGGCUGUUCAAUAAGUGUGGUGUCGUUGAUAGGAUCCGUUGGUGCCUUGCGAGACAAUAUUUUUCUUCUCAAAACUUUUGCCAUCUGUGUCUUCUUCUGCUAUAUAGUGAUCGUCGUAGCUACAUGCGUUCUAUUCAUACUCUUCUAUUCCGACACCACAGAGGGGUUUUCCGCUCAAACAGUACUCAUGUAUGCUAUCAGGAAUUACCACACCAAUCGAAAUAUCGCUGAAAUUGUCGAUUCGCUGCAAGAAAAUUUGGAGUGCUGUGGCGUUUCGUCGGCCGCUCAAGGAUAUCGCGAUUGGAACCUUAGUUACCAGUAUAACUGCAGCACUUAUAACCCACAACCGGAGAAGUGUGGAGUUCCGUUUUCUUGCUGCAGAAAAUCAGUAAUCUCAGAAGCGGCGGGUUCGUCGAAUCCGCUGCUUCCGGCUAUGCGUUCGCUCGAAUGUUGGCAGAAUGCGUUGAAUAAACGACCGCAAGAACUCGAGUAUGACAUCUACACUAGAGGUUGCUUGCAGCCAUUGCGGAGCGUAUUUCAGUCACAUUCCAUCCACAUUUGCGCAGCAGUAGCCCUUGUAAUCGUACCGGUGUGUGUUUCUGUGUGUCUCACAAACGUCCUCGCAAGGCAAAUCGACCAUCAGCGAUUGCUUCUAGAGAGGGAAGCGCGGAGGAACGAAAGGCACAGAAAACGUGAGAGACAUCGUGUCAGGACCGCAAUCCGUGCGAUGAGCAGAAGUCAAGAAGCUCAGAUUUCGGAACACGAUGUGGUUUCUACUCCCGAUGAGAAGCCUGCGUUCAGAGCCAAAAGCUCAUCGAUAGAGCGAGCGAGGAACGAGCAUCGAGCGAACACAUCGUCAGCACCACCGAUAGCACAUCGGACGAAGAACAAACGACGGGGCUGCUCCAAUGUUGACCAGAAAAACGCCCGAGUAGAGCAGUGGGUGCUGCAGCAAUCGGAUUUGGUGAAACCAAACACUAGUGGGUAAAACAAUACAAUUGGGUCGACUACUGUAUUUCAGUUAUUGUUUGUAAUAACGGGCCGUAUGCCAUUCUGUAUAAGGUGCUUUCUUUGAGAUUUUUCAAUUAUGCAUCGAAUUUUGUAUCACAUUCUUUGUAACCAAGAAGCCGCCAGUCACAGCAGUCUUUGGUACAGCUCUGCCUUAUGGAAAACAUUCCACUUUUUUAUUCUCAAUUCAAUUCGC